CGAAAAGAUAAGUUGAUAAUUUAAUGAUAAAUAUAUAAUAUUUUAACUAUAGCCCUUUAGUCACUCAUUUGGUACCGUUGGGCAACCAUGGGUACCAAAAUGUUGGUUCCCGCUGUGCUUUGCGUUCUUCUGGGAUUUGCUGCUGCCACUCCCUUAGAAGACUUUCGGUCAAAUUUGGAGUUCCAUGACUAUUCGUCAAAUGUUGCUGAUCCAGCUUACCGUCUCCGUCCAAAUGUGUACCCUACUGAUGUCAAAGUAAAUCUAGAGAAUAUAGACCUUGAAGGAGCUCGCUUCACAGGAUCAGUGGAGAUGAUCGUUAUUGUAAGAGAAAACGAUUUAGAGCAAAUCUCCAUGCACCAGAACAAUCUCUUUGUCACCAGAGUUAAUGUUGUUAACAACACAAAUGGUGAAAAUGUUCAACUGAGGUCCCCUGAUCCCUUUACCUAUGACAACUAUUAUGAACUCCUUCACCUUCAUUUCCACCUACCCAUCGUUGCCGGCUCUUACACCAUUACUAUCGACUACAGAGGCGUCAUCAACACAAACCCUGUCGACAGAGGCUUCUACAGAGGUUACUAUUACUACGAAAAUACUCGCAGGUACUACGCCACCACACAGUUCCAACCCUACCAUGCCAGGAAAGCCUUCCCUUGUUUCGACGAGCCCCAGUUCAAGUCCCGUUACACAAUUUCCAUCACCCGCCCCGACACUCUUGGCCCGUCUUACUCCAACAUGGCCAUCAGUUCUACCGAAGUUAUCGGCAAUAGCGUUCGCGAAACAUUUUACCCAACUCCCAUCAUUUCUGCCUACCUAGUGGCUUUCCAUGUUAGUGAUUUCGUGCCCACUGUUUCUACAUCUACCGCUCCUAGACCAUUCAGUAUUAUCUCUCGCCGAGGAGCGACAGACCAACACGCAUAUGCUGCCGAAAUCGGUGUGGAAAUAACCAACCAGUUAGAUGACUACCUUGGCAUUGAGUACCAUGACAUGGGACAAGGGCAAAUUAUGAAGAACGAUCAUAUUGCUCUGCCUGACUUCCCGUCUGGUGCUAUGGAAAACUGGGGAAUGGUUAACUACAGAGAGGCUUACCUUUUAUACGACCCUGCUAACACCAACUUGGUCAACAAGAUAUUCAUUGCAACCAUCAUGGCUCAUGAACUGGGACACAAAUGGUUCGGUAACCUGGUCACCUGUUUCUGGUGGAGCAACCUUUGGCUAAACGAAUCUUUUGCUAGCUACUUCGAAUACUUUGCUGCGCACUGGGCUGAUCCAAAACUUGAAUUAGCUGAUCAAUUCAUCGUUGACUACGUGCACAGUGCCCUCAAUGCAGACGCGAGUCCCUCGGCUACUCCUAUGAACUGGGAAGAGGUUGCAGACAAUCCCACAAUAACGCAACACUUUAGUACUACCAGCUACGCCAAGGGAGCUUCUGUUCUUAGAAUGAUGGAGCAUUUUGUUGGACCAAGAACCUUCCGUAAUGCGCUUAGACAUUAUUUGCGGGACAACGCCUACGGCAUCGGUAACCCAUCCCUGAUGUAUCAAGCAUUUAAUAAGGCCAUCGCUGAAGAUCAUACAUUUUUAAGUGAUUUCCCGAAUAUCAACUUUGGGAAUGUAUUCGACAGUUGGGUUCAAAACCGUGGUUCUCCAGUCGUGGAAGUCACUCGUAACCCAGAAACUGGUGUUAUUGUUAUUGAACAAAAACGUUACCAACUUUCUGGAGAACCUCCCACCCAAACUUGGGAGAUCCCCCUCAGUUGGACCGAGCAGAAACAUUUAGACUUCAGCUCGACCAAACCCAGGCAAUUGUUAAAUGUAACGUCUACGGCUCUUCUAAGUGAGCCAGGAGACAACUUUGUCAUAUUUAACAUUCAACAGUCUGGACUGUACCGUGUCAAAUACGAUGAAGACAACUGGAGAGCACUUUCAUCGUACCUGAACAGCAACAACAGGGAACGAAUUCACAAACUGAACAGAGCUCAGAUUGUCAAUGAUGUGCUGCACUUCAUUCGUUCUGGGGAUAUCGACAGGACUCUUGGCUUCGAAGUUAUUGAUUUCUUAAGAAGCGAGACUGACUACUACGUAUGGAACGGUGCUCUAACUCAGCUUGACUGGAUCCGACGUCGGUUGGAGCACAUGCCCAGAGCUCAUGAAGCGUUCACUAGCUACUUACGUGGUCUUAUGAACAAUGUUAUCAACCACCUUGGAUACAACGAAGGCCCCAACGACUCUACUUCCACAAUCCUGAACAGAAUUCAGAUCUUAAACUACGCCUGCAACAUCGGGCACAGCGGUUGCGUUUCUGACAGUUUGCAGAAAUGGAACGAUUACAAAGAAAACAACGAACCGGUGCCUGUGAACCUUCGUCGCCAUGUAUAUUGCACUGGUCUUCGUGAGGGUGAUAGAUCUGACUAUGAUUUCCUGUUCAAUGCAUACAAUUCUUCAGAAAAUGCUGCUGAUAUGGUGAUCAUGCUUCGAGCUCUUGCUUGCACCAAAGAUCUUGAUGCACUUGGACAUUACUUGCAAGAGAGCAUGUACAACGAUAAGAUUCGUAUCCACGACCGUACAAACGCCUUCAGUUUCGCUUUGCAAGGAAACCUGGAAAAUGUACAAUUCGUUAGCCUCUUCCUUCAAAAUAACUACGAUACUAUCAGAACUACGUAAGUAAUUUAUUCAUACUAUAAUA